GUUCGGUGGAUCAGCGAUCGUGGAUCGCCCGUGGAUUUUGGCCCGUCGUUCGCCAAGGUUAAUUAGCCAAGAUCCGAGAUUGGAUAUACGAGAUUCGAGAUACGAGAGAGAGAUCGAAGAUCACCAUCGAUAAGUGAUGUCGUUUUUUCGCAAUAUACGCUCCUCCCUGUCCUCUUCUUCGCGGGCCAAGACCUCUCGCUCCUCGUCCCGCGACACGACACCAGUACGCUCCGGAUCUCGUCCAGGCAGCGUGAUCAGCGGUGUGGGAUCCGUGGGAGUUACCAGUCGACGAGAUUCGACAACCAGUUCAACCUUACAGCGUGGAGAUACCUUCAUACUGCCUAAUUCAGAAGAGGAGGCGGGGACACCUUCGUCGAACACUUCUACCCUGGAGAAGAAGUCGAAGAAGUCCAAGGUCUUUAGCAAGUUUAGCACCUUUACCAAGCGGAAGAAGACUCCAUCACCCGAGGAGGUGGCCAGCUAUGAGCAUCAUCCCAGCGACACGGCCACAAAUACCUACUACAAGUGGCGCAGUGAUGGAGCAGAUCGUCUCCAGGACUACGAUGCUCAAUCGGAUCCCUUCAACUUCCUCUACGAACAGCACUCCAAUCGCAGAGCUCUGCAAUCUGGUGAUUCCAGUGGGGUCAACCGGCAGUCCAGCAUUGGCUCCAACUCCAGUGGAAGCUUUGAUUCAUCCACCUAUCGUAAGAGCAAGACACCCACGCAUCUGCGAGAGCAGCUGGAGCAGCUGAAAACCCACUCGAACGAUGAUCUUCUGGAGGAUCAGCAGCGGGAGGAGGACGAGCGUGAGAAGUACAAGACAGUGACUCUGAAUAGCUUCAGGAAAUCCUUCAGAGAUCGCUUGCUGCAGCAGCAAAAGGAAGCCCCUCACAAUCCCGCCUGGUUUGUGGAAGUUCCCACCCAACCUGCGCCCACGAAACCCAUGGAACGUCGUGAAUCCAAGGAGAACCGACCUGAUUUCCUGGUCUUCGAUAACGAGAACUACCGCCCCCAAUCGCGUUCUCCUCUCCGGGAUCGUCCCUCCCGUUCCGCCACCCGCUCGCCAGUGAAACGAAACGAGACCUUCCGGGUCACCCAGCCUACAGUGCGUCAUAUGUCACCCUCGCCAGUGCCCACACCUGCUCCCUCCAUACGCAUCGAGAUCAAGAACUCCAUAUCACCCCAUUCACCCGGGAGAUUUGUGCCCGUGGGGGUGGCCAAGCCAAUGCCUACUACGGAGUACUAUGCUCAGAGAUUACUGGCCAAUAGGACUAGCAUGAGCCCAAGCCCAAGUCAAAACCAAGGCUCUCGAUGGUACCGCCAGCAGAGUUCACCUACCAGGAUGAGUGUGGGUCACCAGCAGCAGAAUACCCACCCUAGUCAGCAGCAAAAGGGAGGUAGAACCCUGGUGCACAUAGGAUCCGAUCAGAGUAAGACGAUGAUGCCACCAACCAGAGGAAGGGCGCCCACAAGGGUCCAGCUAUAUGGCAAUAAACCGCAGAGUCGACCGCAGCCAACGACCUACUUUGGCGGGCACUACAAUGCACCUGUUAAGCCCAACCCUCGGGCGUCAUCCAGUGGUGGAGUACCCACCGUUUAUUUGGGGCGUCGCGAACCGCCAAUGAUGACACGUGCCACCACCGCCGCCAGUAACACCGCCCACAUAGCCGCCCCCAUGCCACGUCGCAACCGAUCGCCGAUCAAAAUGCCCUGGCGGUAGGCGUUAACCGAAUAUAUAUAUAGCAUGACAUAUCGGCAAUUGAGAAUGGAGAAUCGAGAACGAGGGGAUAGCGUAUAUAGCAGUUCUUUCCAAAGUGACAAAGUCGGUUAGGAUAUUGCGUCACUAUCAGAGCUGGGAGUUCAGCUUUGCUGACGCUGGUUUUGCCCAUCGAUAAUGGGCAAAUAAAUGAUUUCUGUGUAUCCAUCAGACCGAACAAUUCGUAUCGUGUGUUGUGAAUUUUUUCUACCUAAAAUUAUUAUUGUUAAGUAAAUAAAAAAAUAAGCGACAGCAGA